UAUCACUACCGUUUUCGAGUCGACCUUGACUUAGUCAAUUGUGAAAUUCAACGUCGCCUGAUUCAAUAUUUCUCAAAUUCUCAACAGAUUUAGUGUGAUCAAAAUGGCUCUUGAUUUUUUUAUAGGGGUGGAUGUUGGUACUGGGAGUACCAGGGCUGGGCUGGUUUCAACAGAGGGAAAAGUACUCCGUACUGCUGUGACUAAUAUAAAAACCUGGAAUCCUGCAUUGGAUUAUUAUGAGCAGAGCUCAGAAGAUAUAUGGUCCGCAUGUGUGAAAUGUAUAAAGGAGGUUACAAAAGGAGUGGAUCCCAAAAAUAUCAAAGGAAUCGGUUUCGAUGCUACUUGUUCUUUAGUUUGUUUUGAUAAAGAAGGAAGACCCUUAUCCGUGAGCAGUACAGGAGAAAACACGAGAAAUGUAAUUUUAUGGAUGGAUCACAGAGCUAAGGAGGAAGCUAAGGAAAUAAAUUCGAAAAAUCACCAAGUACUCAAAUACGUAGGAGGAAAAAUUUCUCUUGAAAUGGAAACUCCUAAACUUCUCUGGCUCAAAAAGAAUUUAUCUGAAACCUGUUGGCGAGAAUCAGGAUAUUUUUUUGAUCUUCCAGAUUUUCUCACAUGGAUGGCGACUGGAAAUGAUACAAGGUCAUUAUGUUCGCUUGUUUGCAAAUGGACAUAUGAGGCAUCAGAAGACGGUACUCAUAAAUGGAACACUUCAUAUUUUCGAGAGAUAGGACUGGAAGAUCUUGGGAUUAACAACUGGAAGAAAAUUGGUUCAUUUGUUCAGAAUCCAGGAUCUCCAGUAGGUAAUGGUUUGUCUAAAGAAGUAGCAGAAGAGUUAGGAUUGACGACUGGAACUCCAGUUGGGACUUCCAUGAUAGACGCACAUGCAGGAGCUCUUGGAAUGAUUGGAUGUUCUGUUGACGGUUUAGACGAUCAUUAUUCCACAAAAUUGAGUUUAAUUUGUGGAACGUCAACUUGUCACAUGACCGUUUCGAAUGAUCCUGUGUUUUGCCCUGGAAUUUGGGGACCAUACUACAGUGCUGUUGUUCCUGGUAUGUGGUUGAAUGAAGGAGGUCAAAGUGCCACAGGGAAACUGAUAGACCAUGUUAUAGAAACACAUCCAGCUUCGGCCGAAAUCCAAGCAAGAAUUGGACCAAAACAUAUUCAGAAAUACCUUACGGAGUUGUUGCAAAGCAUGGCUGAGAGAGAAAAAUUGAUUUCAACUGAUUUGUUAGCUAAGGAUCUUCACGUUUGGCCCGAUUUUCAUGGAAAUCGAUCUCCUUUGGCUGAUCCUACACUGAGAGGUUGCAUUUCUGGAUUAACUCUUGGAAAAUCAGAAGAAGAUUUAGCUCUACUCUAUUUAGCAACCGUUCAAGCUUUAUCUUAUGGUACACGACACAUUAUUGAAUGCAUGAAAGCUUCUGGACACAAUUUGAAAACCAUUCUGAUAUGUGGAGGUCUAAGUAAGAAUGAACUCUUCGUCAAAACUCAGGCAGAUGUAGCAAAUCUACCGGUAGUGUGUCCGGAUGAACCGGAGUCUGUACUAUUAGGAUCAGCUAUUUUGGCAGCUUCGGCAUCUGGUUAUUUCGGAGAUAUGAAUUCUGCCAUCAGGAAUAUGGGUGGUACAGGUAAAGUGGUUCAUCCAGAUGAACGUUUGCUCCAUUUUCAUAAUAAGAAGUAUACAGUUUUUCUGAAAAUGUACAGCGAUCAAAUGGAGUAUAGAAGAAUUAUGAAUGAUGAAUAAAUUAUUUUAAAUACAAAUAAAAAUAAUUUAAUUAACCCCUAACUUCAUUCCUGCUCUAUAAUAAGUUCAUUUUAAAAAUUAAUUAAUUAAUUAAAAAUUCAUUUCUUAAGUUUAGUUGAUUAAUUAUUAAUUGAAAAAUAUAUAAAAUUAAUUAAUUCAAAUAAAUGGUUGCUGACUG